AUGAUGAGGCACGGAAUGGACGUGUUUAGGCAGAAUAUUGCUAGCCUAGCCUUGAACUACUCUGAGGAUUGCCAUGACCAGACCUUCCAGCACAAAGUCGGGCCUAAGCUUUUAGUUUUGCUUUCAAUCUGCUCCUUGUUGACUGACCCAAAUCCCGAUGAUCCCCUUGUUCCGGAGAUUGCCCAUAUGUACAAGACUGACCGAGCCAAGUAUGAGGCAACUGCCCGCAGCUGGACUCAAAAAUAUGCCAUGGGAUGA